GUUUUUAAAGUACCCAAAACAAAACGUUGACUUUAAAAAGGCAGCUAAGGCUCCGCAAACUACAAAUCCCAUGAGUAACCUACGAGGCAAUAUAGUUCAUCGAUGGCUUUUCAUAUCAUCAGCGCGUAAACGUCAAUGAUACAGUAGUGCAAAUUGUCAAAGAUGAUUUAAUUACAACCGUCAGAACGUUCCAUAUUUUCAACGCGCAGUCCUGUCCUUCUGGAUUGUGUAGCUCCGAAGGCAAAUGGGAGUUUCCAGGAAGUAGCCAUAUUGGAAGCGCAAUCAAGCUUGUUCCACUGUGUCAGCUAGCUUACAGAGAGAGUGAGACGAGGGCAGUUUCCUUUCGCCUAGCUCGGCAUUAAAACACAUACAUUUCGCACCAUGGCUGCUACGGACGUAGACAUAUUUUCUAAUGAAGAAAAGCGUAAUCUCAGUUUGGGUGGCCAUGUUGGUUUUGACAGCCUUCCCGAUCAGUUGGUCAGUAAAUCAGUGACACAGGGUUUCUGCUUCAAUAUCCUCUGUGUAGGGGAAACGGGUAUUGGCAAGUCGACGUUAAUGAAUACGCUUUUUAACACAAUGUUUGAGAAUGAGGAGGCCAGCCACUACCAGAAUGGCGUGUGUAUGCGGCCCAGAACAUAUGACCUUCAGGAGAGCAACGUCCACCUCAAGCUGACUAUUGUGGACACUGUGGGGUUUGGGGACCAGAUCAACAAAGAGGAGAGUUAUAAACCGAUAGUGGACUAUAUCGACACACAGUUUGAAAACUACCUCCAGGAAGAGCUGAAAAUCAAGCGCUCCCUCUUCAACUACCACGACGGGAGGGUCCACAUCUGUCUGUACUUCAUUGCUCCCACGGGGCAUUCGCUGAAGUCUUUGGAUUUAGUUACCAUGAAGAAACUGGACAGCAAGGUGAAUAUAAUCCCCAUCAUCGCUAAAGCCGAUACAAUCUCCAAGAGCGAGCUCCAUAAAUUCAAGAUUAAAAUCAUGAGUGAGCUGGUGAGCAACGGAGUGCAGAUCUAUCAGUUCCCCACAGAUGACCACGCAGUCACAGAGAUCAACUCCUCCAUGAAUGCUCACCUCCCCUUCGCUGUGGUGGGGAGCGUCGAGGAGGUUAAAGUGGGAAACAAAACGGUGAGGGCCAGGCAGUACCCCUGGGGAGUAGUACAAGUGGAGAACGAGAGCCACUGUGACUUUGUGAAGCUGCGUGAGAUGCUGAUCAGGGUGAACAUGGAAGAUCUGAGAGAGCAGACUCACGCCAGACACUACGAGCUCUACCGCCGCUGCAAACUGGAGGAGAUGGGAUUCACAGAUACAGACCCCGACUGUCAGCCAUUCAGUCUCCAGGAGACCUAUGAGGCCAAGAGGAAAGAGUUCAUGGGAGACCUGCAGAAGAAAGAGGAGGAGAUGCGACAGAUGUUUGUCAACAAAGUGAAGGAGACUGAGGCAGAGCUGAAAGAGAAGGAGAGAGAGUUACACAACAAGUUUGAGCAGCUGAAGCACAUGCACCAGGAGGAGAAGAGGAAGGUGGAGGAGAAGAGGCGAGACCUGGAGGAUGAAAUGAACGCCUUCAACCGCAGGAAGGUGGCAGCUGAGACAUUGUCCUUAGCCCAGCCACUUAAGAAGGACAAGGACAAAAAAAAAUCGGUGAAGACGGAGAACCAGUCUGGGGUGAGUCUCUCCAAAUCCAAGGUAAUGAUGGCCAAGGCCAGUGUGGAGCCUUUGAAAUGCGACAGCUGGUGGCAGGCCAUACAGUGCUGCACCUGCCUGGUCCACAAUGCCACCUGGAAGCAAGGCCUCUUCUGAGUCUCAGCACCCAUGGUGGGAAGGUGGGGAUGACUAGAGAUCAACAGGGCAUGGAACUGCAAUCAUACAGAAAAAUGGAGACCAAAAUUAUUACAUAUCCACCCACCGUUUAAUUCAUUCAAUCAUCACCAAUUCAUAUCGAUCAUGGACAAUUUUCCACUUCUUCCCUUUACCAGCCAUUCCCAUAUUACAUUGCAAUCUUAGUAACCCCCCCCCCCCCAAUGUGUUACGGUGGAAAGUAUGUGCCAACAUCCCUAUAGAUAGUACCCAUUGUGGUUUGAAAGACAAUGGAGACAUGACUACACCAAAUCAAAUUUUAUUGGUUGCAUACACUUUAUUUAAGUUCAAUUUAAGGUACAUUUUCAGGGGAAUGUAAUUGUGAAAUACUUAUUGUUGGAAAGUAUUUAUUUGAAAAGUAUUAAGAGGACAUUUAUUUGUAUUUUACUAGAUUUUUUUUUAUGUAUCAUGUUUCUUUUUUAAAUUCUACAAUACUUUUUGUAUUUUGUAAUAAUAUGACCUAUUGUGAGCUAGGACAAUAUGGGAUAGUUCUUAUGGAUUACACUAUAAUCUACACACAACUAACUGGUGUUCAUCAACCUCUGAAAUAUUUUAGUAUUCAGCGCAAUGUUAUGUUGUUAUAAUUUGAGUACAUUUUUCCUUUGGCCCUGGUUUGAAACAACACUAAACACUAAUUCACACAGACAGAAUUAUUCUCCAGAGUGUUUUUGCCAAUGGUUGUGGUUUGUGAAGAUAACAUUGCAGAGACGUCUUACAUUAAAACAAAGAAAGAUUUAA